AUGCGCUUUGCCUUUCUCUCCACCACUGUGCUGGCCAUCGCCCAUCACGCGCGUGCCUUGCCGGUCGAGGCUGAGCAAGUAUCUGGUUUGGAUGUUACCCUGAGCCAAGUCAGCGAUACUCGCAUCAAAGCAGUGGUCAAGAACACUGGUAACGAAGAGGUUACCUUUGUGCACCUCAACUUCUUCCGCGACAGUGCACCAGUAAAGAAGGUCGCUGUGUAUAAGGAUGAUGAUGAGGUGACCUUCGAAGGCAUCAAGCGCCGAUUCAAGCUUGAAGGCCUCACCUCCGAAGCCCUCACAACGCUAGCUGCUGGAGAGAUUCUGGAGGACGAGUUCGACAUUGCAGCUACCAGCGAUCUGUCACAUGGUGGCCCAGUGGUGUUGCGUUCAAGCGGCCUGGUGCCAUUGGUGAACGAGGGGGCUGUCUCCGGCUAUCUGCCGUAUCACUCGAACGACCUCAAGAUUGAGGUCGAUGCAGUGAAGGCGGCCCGUGUGAACAAAGCCGUGAAGCCAUUGAACCGGCGCACUCAGGAGAGCUGCAGCAACGCGAGUCGCAAAUCGGCUCUCGAACGGGCCCUUAGCAACGCUGCAUCCCUGGCGACUGCAGCAGCACAGGCUGCCCAGUCUGGGUCCGCGUCCAAGUUCGCUGAGUAUUUCAAAACCACCGAUAGUUCAACUCGUCAACUCGUGGCGGCUCGGCUGCAGGCAGUCGCUAAGGAGGCCCACGCGACCACCUCGGGAGGCACCAAGUAUUACUGCACUGAUGUGCUCGGGUACUGUGAGACCAACGUGUUGGCCUACACGCUGCCAUCUCAGAAUGUUAUCGCGAACUGCGAUAUCUACUAUUCCGACCUGCCGGCGUUGGCAAGCAGCUGCCACAGCCAGGACCAAGCAACCACUAGCCUGCACGAGUUCACUCAUGCCCCGGCCGUUUAUAGUCCCGGCACCGACGAUCUGGGAUACGGAUACUCUGCUGCAACGGCGCUUAGUACCAGUGAUGCUAUCAUGAACGCAGACACGUAUGCCCUGUACGCCAAUGUGUAUAUCCGCAAGAUUUUCUGA